CAACAGUGCUCAAAUCAAAGCGAUAACAGCCCAACAACCGAAGCAGAGAGGCAAUCAGUCGAGUGUUAACGCUUCCAGUGAGCAGACUGCGCUGAUCGAUUGGUUGGAGUUUCUUUUCGAAGUGAGGUGAACAAAAAAUAUUCGUAGAAAUAAGAAUGUCGUUUGUCAUCCGCAAAAUCAUCUCGACCGGCAAGUGUCCGAAGCCAUUGGCCCCCUACAGCCAAGCGGUAGUCGCCGAUCGAACCGUGUACUGCUCGGGAGUGAUCGGCAUCGAACUAGAUGAGCCCAAGCUGGUGACCGGUGGUGCCGCCGUUCAAACAGCCAAAGCGCUGGAGCAUCUCACCAAUCUACUGGCGGCGGCUGGGUCCGGCAUCGAUAAGGUCGUGAAGACAACCGUCCUGCUAGCCGACAUGGAAGAUUACGCAGCCGUGAAUGAGGAAUACAAACGAGUUUUUGGAAGCAACUUCCCGGCGAGAACGUGCUACGCGGUGUCGAAACUUCCUCUGGGUGCUGCUGUUGAGAUUGAAGCCGUGGGAAUCGUCGGAGAGGUUAAAAAUGAAACUAGUUGAACAGGAUAUUGUUAAAAAUCGAUAUUUUACUCAAUAUAUUGAAAACCUAAUUAAUCCAA